AUGAGCCCUAGUAUCUUCUCCUGUGUUCUUUGCGGAUACAUUAUCCUCAACUAUGAAGACCCCAGUGCGGCGUCUUGGGAAAACCAGUUUCGCCUUCUCUACAUCAGCCCAUCCGGGGUUGCAGUAACAGGAGUCGGAAUCUAUAAUGAUCCCGAUGAUGGCUGGUUCAUUCCCCCUCGAGACUUCAACGCGCGAUGGGAUGACGAGGGAUACGACUUUCCGGAUACUGGCCGUGUCGGAGUGUUUCGUCAGGACUCACUCAACGGUCUACACGGCUUUCCCUUUCAUGAGGCUUGCUGGUCCCUUCUAGGCACGGUCUAUUCCCCCGAGCCAAUCCCUUGUAGAACCCUGUUCCAAAUUUGCCAGUCGCUACCGUGUCCAUUUACAGAGGCCGGCCUUAGUUGGGGUCAUAGUUUCGGGGGUUUGAUCACGGUGAAUGAUCAGGACUGCUACCCCUGGGAACACCGAUUCGUCGAUCGGGACGAAGACCUGGCGCUGUUCGAGGUUGCCAGACAUGAUCCUUGUCGUGUCCCGGAGAUCCGACUGCUUCCAUUAGAGGCUCCAAAGACGCCGCAAUUUCCAAGCGCUGCUCAACCAAAAAGCAUAGUGCCAAACUGUUUUACCGCACUUCCUCGGGAGAUUUGCUUCGAGAUUGCAUCACAUCUGCCAACAGUAGAUGCUUUCAGUGCCCGUCGAGCUGUGCGGUCGUUUAUACCCAUCUUCUACAGCAAUCAAUUCUGGGCUUCCAGAUUUAGGGCUGGUGCUGACCGUUGUUGGCUAUUUGAGUCUCGCGAGUGGGACAAGACAUCUGACUGGAGAUGGUUAUAUCAUCGCACCAACAAGGCCCAUCGCGAUGAGGGCAUGCAAAACAGAGAAAGGGUCUGGAAGUUGAUCCAGCAGGUCUGGCGAACGGUAUGUUUGCGAGGGAACGAUCUUCCCGUGCUGCCUUUGUCCCGAUCGAAUCUAGUCAGUCCAGGGUGGUUACGCUGGUCAGAGGCAACUGGCGAUUUAGAUAGGCAGACGAGCACCGAGUCAGGCUACAGAUUUGGGGAAGGGUGUCGUCUAUUCCACGAGCGGCAGACACCACUUCCCAGCCAUCUCGAUCAAAUUGCAUUCUCUGUUAUCCAGCUAGGAGACCUUGAGUAUAUUGCGGGGAUGAGGCUGAUCCCGAAAAGUGGUCAAGAGAUUCAGCUGGGAUACAGAACAGAGGGUAAUGAGUUAGUACUAGAGGUUCCAUUUCUCCAAGGGUUCAACCUGGCCGUAGGGUCAAGAGGCAUACAAGGUAUCCAAUGCGUGCUUGAGGGCAGGCCAACAUCGCCAUGGGUUGGAUGUACGCAUGAGGCUCCCAAAACGAAGCGCCUUGCGGUUUCGGGGCCCAUCGCAGCCAUCAAAGCCGGGUUCGACGGACUCAAGAUGGUGAGCUUGGCUGUCGCAGAGUGCAUUCCGAAAAACGAUACUACAAAACGCCAUUCUCUCCGAGAUUCCGCGUUUUGGUACCCCCGAAUCCCAGGGAAUGAUUUACAUCUGAAUGACGAUUAUUUCACAGCAAGACCUACAUCGACAGCCAGGUACCAACCACUUUGUUGGACCAUGUUUGGAGGGCCUAGGGGGUCACAUCUCCGUUCCUUGACCGGCAUGUCUGUUACCAGCCUGGGUACACUGCGCGGCAUCGAGUUUCAUUUCGACGCCGAGAACGUCCCGGCUGCAAGUCGCAGGCUGGGACGAUACAAACCAUCCGAGUACGCUAAGGUUAUUCACUUUGAUAUUGACGGUCCGGGCGGUGAGUUCAUCACUGCUAUUGAGAUAUAUGUCAGGUAUUACACCAGCGACAACGUGAUGUGGAUCUAUAAAGAUGGGGAAUUGGAAUCAUUCAAGGCACGUGGCUCACAUUCCGAAUAUGAUAUUGUCCAUGCUUGUGCCAACAACUCAGAUUUGGACGAAUUGGGGCAGAUGUUGCCAUUUUAG